UAUUUUUUCAUAAAGUAAAAAAGUAUUUUCAUAAUCAGUGCGGUAGAAACUAAUUAACUAUUAGGAAUUAAUGUACUAUGAACCGUUUGGAUGAUCCUCCGGGUCUCAUGAAAGGCAGAAAACCAUCCUUCAUUGGAAUGAACGGGGGUCCAGAAACAGACGAUCAACAACGCUUAAGAUUCCAAGUUGAGUUAGAAUUUGUUCAGUGUCUUGCAAAUCCAAAUUAUUUAAAUUUUUUAGCACAGCGUGGUUACUUCAAGGACUCAACAUUUAUAAAUUAUCUGAAAUAUCUGUUGUAUUGGAAGGAGCCAGAGUAUGCAAAGUAUUUGAAAUACCCUAUGUGCUUGUACUUCUUAGAUUUAUUACAAUAUGAACACUUUAGAAGAGAAGUAGUAAACUCCCAGUGUACAAAGUUUAUAGAUGAUCAACAAAUUUUAUUAUGGCAACAUUACACCAGACGUAGGACAAGACUGUUACAAGCUGCAGCAGAACAAACGCAACAUGCAAAUCCUCAGAACAAUGGUAUUGUACAACCUAAAGUUCCUUGA